AUCUGUCCACGAAUUCAUACUGUUUUUGUUGAUAGGGUCACGUGUCAAGUCAAGGUCUGUCAUUGUAAGUAAGGCUUCAUUUAAUAAGUACAGACCUUAUGACACGCAGCAAAUUUGUUUCAAGGGCCAGUUUUGAAGGUUGAACUUACUGUGGGAUUUAUAGCCGCUUGGACGUGCACUGCAGAGAUUCGUGUCAAGGAUUUUGAAGCAGGGGCGGUCUCCUAGAGGUGUAUAAAAAUGGUGACUGUAUUAAAUCAUCAUAAACUUAGUAACCGGAUAUCAACCAUGCUACAUACAGCUAUACACCACACACACAAGGACAAAGGAAAUGGCGGGGAGAUUAAUUGGUGCUUUUCUCAGGUUAAAGGUACGAUAGAAGACGAGGUCACAGAAGCUGAUAUUAUUUCAUGUGUAGAAUUUAACACAGACGGUGAUCUACUAGCUACUGGUGAUAAAGGGGGUAGAGUUGUUAUAUUCCAGCGCGACUUGCAGGCUAAAGCUGCAGUACCAAGUCGUGGGGAAUACAAUGUCUACAGUACUUUUCAAAGUCAUGAACCAGAGUUUGAUUAUCUGAAAAGUUUAGAAAUUGAGGAAAAGAUCAAUAAGAUAAGAUGGUUAAAACGAACAAAUAGGAACCAUUUUUUGUUGUCUACUAAUGAUAAAACAAUUAAGUUAUGGAAGGUAGCUGAACGAGAUAAGAAACCAGAAGGCUAUAAUUUAAAAGAUGAUGGGGGUAUAAUGAGAGACCCUAAUACAAUUACCACUCUUCGAGUUCCCACAUUUAGUCCAAUGGAGCUGAUGGUAGAAGCUAGUCCAAAACGUGUAUUUUCUAAUGCACAUACGUAUCAUAUUAACUCUAUAUCUGUUAAUAGUGAUCUAGAAACGUAUCUGUCAGCCGAUGAUCUUAGAAUUAAUUUAUGGAAUUUAGAAAUUACAGACCAAAGUUUCAAUAUUGUAGAUAUAAAGCCUGCUAAUAUGGAAGAUUUAACAGAAGUUAUAACAGCAUCUGAAUUUCAUCCUAAAGAAUGUAGUAUGUUUGUUUAUAGUAGUAGUAAGGGAACAAUACGUCUAUGUGAUAUGAGACAACAGGCAUUGUGUGAUUCUCAUGCUAAAAUUUUUGAAGAACCCGAAGAUCCAACAAAUAGAAGUUUUUUCUCUGAAAUAAUUGCUAGUAUAUCAGAUGUUAAAUUUAGUCACAAUGGUCGUUAUAUGAUAACUCGUGACUAUUUAUCUGUUAAAGUUUGGGACUUGUUAAUGGAAAGUAAGCCUGUAGAGACCUAUCAAGUUCAUGAGUUUCUACGUAGUAAAUUGUGUUCUUUAUAUGAAAAUGAUUGCAUAUUUGAUAAAUUUGAAUGCUCAUGGAGUGGAAAUGAUAGGAAUAUUAUGACAGGGUCGUAUAAUAAUUUCUUCCGAAUGUUCGAUCGUGAAGGUAAACGAGACAACACUCUGGAAGCCUCGCGAGAUAAUAUGAAGCCAAGAACUGUUCUGAAACCACGUAAAGUGUGCACAGGUGGUAGGCGGAAAAAGGACGAAAUUAGUGUAGAUUGUUUGGACUUCAACAAAAAAAUACUUCAUACAGCUUGGCAUCCACAGGAAAAUAUAAUUGCCAUAGCUGCUACAAAUAAUUUAUAUAUAUUUCAAAGUAAGGACUAGCUAAUGAAUAUUUUAUAGGUGAAGAUAAAUGAAAUUUGUAUGAAGUUCAAAGAUGACAAAUACCAGAAUGUUGGUAUUGUUUGGUGUAGGAAAAUUGGUCAAUUUUGUCACAAGACAUAGAAAUGCUCCAUGUUCCAAGUUGUGCGUAGCAUACAAAUUUCCCUGUUCCAUUCCGUUUACUGUUAGUUGUACAAGAUGCAGCUCGAAUACUUCCCGAUGAGAUUUGUAAACAGUAUUUUGUGAUGUACAACGUGUAGUGGUGUACUUAAUAAAUGUGAAUGAUUCAAGAUUCAUAGGAACAAAGCAGAUGUGAUAAAAUAGAUUCUUUGCUCGGAAAUAUUCUCAUAUUUGUAGACCAUAUGUGCUAAUGGGUUCUUAAAAGGAAUGGUCUACAGAUAGCUACACAGAGAGGACUUGCUCAGACGAACUAUAUUGAAAUAAUCAAAUUAAAGUGCUAUUUGAUAGAAGUUAAUACAUAAACAAGGCAUAAAUUUUUUUCAUUUUAGAUCAAAUUUGUUGAUAAAAAGGAUAAUCUGAAUAGCAAACUGCAAUAUUAUAUGUAUAUUGUUUGUAUGAAUCAGAAGUCUGUUAUAUCAUUGUGUUGUUAACUAUUUUGAUUGUAGUAAUAUAAAUGGUCCCUUGUACUGCAGUUUAGUUACAUAUAUUAUGUUAUAAAAUCAGAGCUGGUACUGAUUACUAUAUUAAGACAGAAAGUGCUAGAACUGAAUAUCUAGAAAUUCAGUUCCAUUCAUGUAUCUCAUGUUGACAGUUUUGUAAAACUAUGAAAAAAUAAAUGUUAAAUUGUU